AAAAAAACAGACCUCAUGUUUCCUUACUUCAACUUAUUGCACUAGUUCAGCGGUGCAGCAAAAACGAACAGACCUACUGUCCAUACAUUUCGGAACUUGCUCCACGUCAGGAUUACAUUUGGUCUCAUCAGUCGUGUACGAGAACUCUUGCGGUUGUGAUGCUGAGGCUAUGUUUACAUCUCUUUUAACGUAUAUUAUUUAUUAGACAAUGGAAUCUACAAUGGAAAGGGGACGAAAUAAAUAUAAUGAAUUGAUCAUUGAAUUAUCAGAUUCGGAUGAUAAUGACGAUAAGAUACUUUUAAAAUCAACGAAUGAAAAUCACAUAGCGGUGGAAAAUAAAAUAAAAAGGAAAAUUAAAACGAGUAUAGAGCUAAUGAAAAAGACGUCAAAGAUAAAUGCACAAAGCAAAAAUGUCGAGUGUUCUAAAAAAGAAAAUUUAAAAAUAUCUAAUGAAAAGAAACGGAAGCUAGAAGCAGUGUCAUUUACUAAUUUUGAUAUGGAAGCGUUACAGAAAAGGCAGAAGAAAGAUUCAAACAUAAAUACCGACAUAAAAUUAAAUCCUACUCUUACACGAUGUAUGGAGUGGACAGACGUCGAUUACAUAAGUGAGAUCAAUAAUAUAGAUAGAAACAUUGCGGAAAAUGUAGUGAAACUUUUUAAGGAGGACAACACUGUGCCUUUUAUCACACGAUACAGGAGAGAUAUGACCGGAUCUAUGGAACCGGACAAAUUGAGAGCCCUUAAAAACAGUUUCGAUGAAGUCCAAAUUAUUAAACAUCGUGCUGCGACAAUUAUCAAAACAAUCGACAAAUUGGGGAAGUGGUCGCCGGAAAUUCACUCUGUUAUAACAUCUACAAAAUGUCUCGCCGAUCUCGAAUAUAUUUAUUCUUUAUUUAAACCAGCAGCAAAACGAUCUCUGGCAGACAAAGCAAGAGAAUUAGGCUUGUGGGAAAUCAGCGAUGUCAUUUUGCAAGGGCAACAAAUACCGCCGUUAGCAUCUUUCAUAGACAAACAAAAGGAAGGCUUACGAAACGAAGAAGAAAUAGAAGAUGGCAUUGUGCAUAUAAUAGCAGACCUUAUUAGCAAGAAUAAGGAAAUUCUCGAGAGAGUUAUUACUUUGCGAAAAACGACCGCCAUAGAAAUACAGACAAUUCAAUAUAAAACAAAAGAAAUUUUGAAAGAUAAAAAUAUAGUGGACAAACAGAAGUACGAGAUGUAUUUCAAUUUUAAAAUAACUGAAAGGAACAUUAAGCCGCAUCAAAUUUUAGCUAUUAACCGGGCCGAAUCGAAAAAGAUCCUCAGUGUAAAAAUCGUUAUUCCAAAGACUUUUGAACAAGCAUUCAGGAAAUAUUGUUUGUCACUUUAUGCACUCACAGUGAAAGCGACAGAGUUACAUAUGAAUUUACUUGGCAAAAGUGUCGAUUAUGCUUAUAAAUAUCUGAUUAAGCGACUAGUAACACGUCGUGUAAAAAAUGAGAUGAAAGUCAGAGCAGAAACGGCAUCCAUAGAGGUUUUUGCAGCUAAUGUUAAGCAAUUGCUUCUAGCUUCUCCUAUCCGAGGUAAAAUUAUCCUUGGUAUAGAUCCAGGUUUCAAUCAUGGAUGUAAACUCGCUGUUGUAUCAGAAUGCGGUAAUCUUCUCGAUUCUAGUGUGAUAUAUCCGCAUACGAGUUCCAAGACGUCUUAUGAACAUUCGGUUAAUGUAUUGGUGAAGUUAGUAAAAAAGCAUAAGUGUACGGUAUUAGCUCUGGGAAACGCUACAGCGUGUAGGGAGACCGAAGUAUUUCUCAAAAAAGUGAUAAAAUCAAAGGCGUUCGGCUCCUUGAAUGUAACAUAUACCAUUGUCAAUGAAGCUGGAUCUUCGAUCUAUAGUUGUAGUCCUGAAGCAAAAUCUGAGUUUCCGAAUCUUGAUGUAAAUAUUAUAUCAGCUAUUUCCAUAGCAAAGCGUCUGCAGGAUCCACUAGCGGAAUUAAUUAAAAUAGAUCCAAAGCACUUAGGAGUUGGAAUGUAUCAACAUGAUCUUCCUGAGAAACAAUUAAUGAACGCGCUAAACGAAGUGAUUACAGAAGCUGUAAGUUUUGUUGGAGUCGAUGUCAAUACAGCUUCACAGUGUCUUCUGCGGAGAGUGGCUGGUCUUACAAGUUCCAAAGCUGCAAAUAUCAUAGAGUGGAGAAAUAAGCAUGGUGCGUUUCAAAAUAGAGCGCAAAUAUUAAAGGUGAAAGGCAUUGGCAACAAGACGUUUGAGCAGUGUGCAGGAUUUAUAAGAAUUUUACCAGAAACGGCAUUAAUUAAUCAAAAUACAAAGAAGAAACCAAAGAAUUUGCAGGACGAGUUAAAUUUGUUAGAUCAAACGUGGAUCCAUCCAGAAUCGUACAUAAUAGCAGAUAAACUUGUAGAACAUUGUCAAUGUAAUUUGAAUGAUCUUGGUACUUCAGAGUUUAUCGAAAAGAUAAAUUUGUAUGCGAAAGCAAGCUACUCAGAAUUAGCUGUACAGUUUGAUACCGACAAAGCUACGAUAGAAAUUAUAGUUAAAGGUCUAACUAUGAGAAAUGACGAAGAUAUACGUUCAAUAUUAAAUCAACCGCUGUUCUAUGAUAAUAUGCAAAGUAUUGAUGAUUUGAACAUCGGUGCUACAUUAAACGGUGUUGUACGAAAUGUCACACACUUCGGUGUGUUUGUAGACAUAGGAGUCGGUAGAAAUGGAUUAAUACACGUUAAGUAUUUAAAAGAUCAGACUCUAUGUAUAGGACAACAUGUAGCGGUAAAAAUAUUAUCCAUUCAGCGAGAUCGUAAUAGAAUAAGUCUUGAAUUGAUGAAAAUAUUGUAGAUAAUUGUAUGAAUUUUAAUUAGCAAACAUGUUGAACAUAUUAAUAAUGCGUAGUAUUAAUCGUGUAACGUAUUAUCGACAUAAGAGACCUAUUAAUGGUGUCAGAAACGUUAUUAACAUAUCAAGUUUGCUAACUACUUUUUUACUCAUUUUAUACUAUAAUCAGAACUAUUAAACUAAAUACAAAAAUAAUGCCUUAUUCCUUUUUUGUUAAUUAUUAUUAUUAAUUAUUAAGGAAAAUGUAUUCAAUUAUAUAUAUAUAUAUAUAUGUGUAUAUAUAAUAACUUUCAACGUAGAUUGGAAGUUUGUUUUUGCAUACACAUGCACUCACAUAUAUCUGUAUAGAGUAUAUUCAGUAAACAAGAAACAUUAAAUUUGCCUUUCGAAAUUAGUGGUCCAGCGGAAAGACUAGGCCGAGUGAGUAUUGAUACUAUUGGAUUGGGACAAAAAUUCGUCGCAGUUUUUAAGUGAAAUUCGAAGACAAUGUUUAGAUAUUUGUAUAUAUAGAGUUAUUCAAUCACAUAUGUGUCAUUUUAUUUCACUACUUUUCGCCAUCUUUGAAACACACUGGUUAACGGUGGCUCAUUUCGUUCUCCCCAGGAACCUUUCCGCUGCACAUUGUUUAUCCAUUUUUCAUUGUCUGUUCGUUAAAAAAAUGAGUCGUUUUCGUUGCAUUUAAGCAGGGAAACGCUGAUGGAAAUACGGUCCAUUAAAUUUUUAUUUUCCAUUAAAUUAUGAAACACCCACUCACAUCGGCCUAGUCUUUCCGCUGGACCAUUAAUUAGAAAAUUUUACAUUAAAUUAGCCCAUCACCU